AAAAGACGGAGGAAGGAGCGAAAGCGAACUCUGAUUUGGAUAUUUCCAUCGUCUCCUCCCUCUCCUCGUCCACUCCCCGCCCCCAAUUCUAACCCUAACCCUAACCCUAACACUCUCCCUCCCCCCUAACCCUAACCCUAAUCCCCGCCGAUCCACUCCACCGAUGCUCCGAUCCGCGUGAUCGCGCUCGUCCGGAAGAUCGGAACCUUCCGUUUCGGGCGAUUUCGGGAGAUCUCGAUCGUCCGAUCGUCGUGCGUCGCGGAUCGGGCGGCGGAGAUCCGAGGGCACGAUGCCGUCGCACGCGGAUCUGGAUCGCCAGAUCGAGCUCCUGAGGGAGUGCAAGUACCUGCCCGAGGCGGAGGUGAAGACGCUGUGCGAGCAGGCGAAGGCGAUCCUCAUGGAGGAGUGGAACGUCCAGCCCGUGAAGUGCCCCGUCACCGUGUGCGGCGACAUCCACGGCCAGUUUUACGAUCUCAUCGAGCUGUUCCGUAUCGGAGGGGACGCGCCCGAUACCAAUUACCUCUUCAUGGGGGAUUACGUUGAUCGCGGUUACUAUUCUGUGGAGACUGUUACACUUCUUGUUGCCUUGAAAGUUCGUUAUAGAGACAGAAUUACUAUAUUGAGAGGAAAUCAUGAGAGCAGGCAAAUAACUCAAGUGUAUGGUUUUUAUGACGAAUGCUUACGAAAGUAUGGGAAUGCAAAUGUGUGGAAGUAUUUUACUGACCUAUUUGACUAUCUGCCGCUUACAGCUCUUAUUGAGAACCAGAUAUUUUGUUUACAUGGCGGCCUUUCUCCAUCUUUGGAUACACUAGAUAACAUUCGUGCUCUUGAUCGCAUACAGGAGGUUCCUCAUGAAGGACCCAUGUGCGAUCUCUUGUGGUCUGAUCCUGAUGACCGGUGUGGGUGGGGCAUUUCACCAAGGGGUGCGGGAUACACAUUCGGGCAAGACAUAGCCCAACAGUUCAACCACACUAAUGGCCUUUCCCUCAUCUCUAGGGCCCACCAACUUGUCAUGGAAGGUUACAAUUGGUGCCAGGACAAGAAUGUAGUCACAGUAUUUAGUGCACCGAACUACUGCUACCGCUGCGGAAAUAUGGCAGCAAUACUUGAGAUUGGGGAGAAUAUGGAUCAAAACUUCCUCCAGUUCGAUCCGGCACCGCGGCAGAUUGAACCCGACACGACUCGCAAGACCCCAGACUAUUUUUUGUAAUCGCAUUGCCUGAUUUUCCUGCCAGUAGAAAUGCUCAUCUUGCUGCAGUUGUUUGUUUUAUAGAUGUGUUUUAGAAAAACAAAAAGGAGAAAAAAAGGAGAUUUCUCUAUGCUGAGAGAGAGAGAGAGAGAGAGACGAUGUCUAUUAUUCUUUUGUUUCCAAAUUUGUUGCUACUUAAUUGCCUCUUCCCGUGUUGGAUUUUAAACACGCUCAGGAUUUUGCUGUGAAUGCUGUUUGUAUUAAAGAGAGACUAAUGGAGCAAUAGAUGGUAGGUGUCUUUUGCUUUAUUUA